AUGAAUCCAGAAUGUUUUGCGUGUGCGGAUUGUCGAAAGGCCAUAACAUCACAAUUUUAUCCAUUUAACAAUGAUUAUUUAUGUGCCAAUUGUCAUGAAGCUCGUUUUCCAAAAAAACGUUGUGUCAAAUGCGGUUCCGUGAUUACAUCGGCUGGUAUCACAUUUGGUGGAGCAUCAUACCAUGCUGCUUGCUUUUUAUGUGUUACAUGUAAACAGCCCAUAAAUGCUCAGUCAAAAAUAAGUAUGGUCGAAGGUCAACCAUGUUGCGUAAAUUGUUAUGAAGAUCGACAUGCUAAAAGAUGUUCAAAAUGUCAAAAAGCGAUUGUUGCUGAUGUUGAAUAUCUAGAAUUUGAAGAUAAAUAUUGGCAUAAAGAAUGUUUUGUAUGCUCAAAAUGUCAACGUUGUAUAGCCGAAGAAUCGUUCUAUCAAGAUGGUGAAUUAAUUUUAUGCAAAGAUUGCAUUUAA